AUGGACGCCAUCAGGGGCAUGCUGGACGAGCUGAUGGGCAAGGAGCGGGACGCCCCGUUGCACGAGCGGGCGGUGAAGCAGAUCGACUUCUCAGACCCGGAUGUCUGCAAGUAUGAGCUGGCCUCCGUCUGCCCCAAUCAGCUGUUCAAGAACACGCGGAGUGACUUGGGCGCCUGCGGCUUCUCCAUCCACGCGGACCACCUGGACUGGCCAGAGAUCAAGGCCAAAUGGGAGAAGCUGGACGAGCGGGAAAAGGAGAGGUACGGGUACGAGCGUGACCUGGUGCGCUACAUGGAGCAGCUCAUCAGGGAGAUGGACCGCAAGAUUGAGAAGAACAAGGAGCGCGCGGCGGCGGAGAGCCGCCCCAAGCCGGUGCGGGUGGAGGACCAGGGCAAGCUGGACGAGAUCAAGGCGCGCAUGGACGAGUGCCUGCAGCGGUCCAUGGAGCUCGGGGAGGCCGGCGACGUCGACGCCAGCAUGGCGACGGCGCAGCAGGCAGAGGUGUACAAGCGGCAGCACGAGGUGCUGUUCAAGCAGCUGACGGCGCCAGACAGGAGCAUGACGGUCUGCGACAUCUGCGGCGUGUUCAUCAACAGCACCGACAACGACCAGCGGCGGCUGGGGAGCUGCGUGCUAGAGAGGACCGGCGGUACUGAUGGGGUGGACGCCGCUGCAGCUAAAGGUGGGGGCCCAUCCGGGCCCGCACCGGGCUCGCCAACGAGCUCUGACAUCGCUGCUGUGCGUGCUGCCGAGGAUGCUGCAGCCGCGCACUCCGCGCGCUGCGAGCUGGAGAGCCAGGCAGCAGACCGGCACAACAGGUUGCGUGAGUUCCGCCGCGCAUCUGGGGAGCUCCUGGGCAUCAUGUCCGUCGGAAGCCUCCGAGAUGACCUCAUCAACGAGUUCCCCUCCCCCGCCAACCCCGGCCCCGGCGUCUCCGCCGGCCCCGGCCGCGGCCCCGCCGUCCCGCCGUUGCGCCGCGGCGCGGCCGCCGGCGAAGACAGCGAGGAUGUCGUCUUGGACCUGGAGUCCGGCGAGCACCGCGCGUCAUCCUCGGGAACCGCGACGCCGAGGAAGGACGGCGCCGCCGGCGCCGCGCGGCGGCCGCUGCUGGCGCCGAUCGUGCCCGGCCGGCAGCUGACGCUGCAGUUCUACGACGUGAAGGGGUAUGUGCCGCUGGGGUUUUCCAAGCCGAGCGCCGGGCAGCGGCUGGCGGGGCGCAUUCAGCAUCCAAAGGAGGGGCUGCGGAAGGACGAGCGGCAGAUUAUGUUCGGGCUCACGGGCGCCGUGCGGCCAGGGGAGGUGUUGGCGCUGAUGGGCCCCUCUGGCAGCGGCAAGACCACGCUGCUGUCGGUCCUCGGGGGCCGCCCCGCCAAGGCGCUGCGAGUCACAGGAUCGCUCACGGUCAACGGCCGCGCCUACACCAAGGCCACGCGCCGGCGCAUCGGGUUCGUCCUGCAGGAUGACGUGCUCUACGAGGACCUGACCGUCAUGGAGACCCUGCGCUACGCGGCUCUGCUCAGGCUGCCUAGGGACAUGAGCAGGGAGGAGAAGGAGGGGCGCGUGGAGGCCGUCAUUGACGUGCUGGGGGUGCGCAAGAGCAAGGGCACCAUCAUCGGCGGCUUCCUGCGGCGCGGCAUCAGCGGCGGCGAGCGCAAGCGCGUGUCCAUCGGCAACGAGCUGCUGAUCAACCCCGCCAUCCUGAUGCUGGACGAGCCCACCAGCGGCCUCGACUCCACCAGCGCCCUGCACCUCAUAAACCUGCUGCAGGACCUUGCCUCCGACGGCCGCGCGAUCGUGUCCACCAUACACCAGCCCAGCAGCCGCCUGUACGGAAAGCUGGACUCCCUGAUGCUGCUGGCGGAGGGCCACCUCAUGUACAGCGGGCCGGCCCAGGACGUGGUGCCCUGGUUUGAGCGCUUCGGCCUCAGGGUGCCGUUUGGGACGUCCAUCGCGGAUUUUGUCCUGGAUGUCUCGAUGGGCGAGGCCGGCACCCUCCUCUCGGGAAGCUCCGGGGAAGCCGCUGUCCGCGAGCUCUGCGCCGCCGCCGAGGGCCGCUCCGACGACCCCAAGCGCCGCGCCGCGCUCCCCGCCAGCCGCUCCGCCGCGGGCCCCUCGCCGUUCAGCGAGGCGUCCCACGAGGGCCCCGGGUUUGGCGGCGCGCUUGCGGUCGACGGGGCCGACAGCCACGGGAAGGUGCAGGGUCACAAGCAGCAGGCCGCCGACGGGGACGGCGAGCGACGGGAGGGGGCGACGUACAGGGAGCAGGUGUCUGUGCUGGUGGGGCGGGCCAUCAAGGUGCGGCGCUUUGAGCAGCUGACCGGCGGCCACUUCUUCCAGCUCAUCUUCGUGGCGGCCAUCGCGG